UCCGCGCUGACAAACCAACAACCGAUAGUCCAUUGUUUUUGUUUACACCUCUCCAAAGAUUGGCAGUACCGAUUAAUCUCAGGUUAUUGGCCUUGUCCGAAUUAUCCAUCCCAGAUAAGUGCGUUUAUCAGGCGAUCGCGGCGGCGGCACUCUCGGUCCUCCGGUGAAAUGGUCCAUCGGCCUUCCGCUCUUCACACUUCUCUAGUUCUUCGCUUCUUCCGAGCCAAAAAGUCCCCUCUCUCGUGAUCUCGUUCACCGUUACCAUAUUCGACUCCUUCAGACCGAACUAUGAGGUGCUGUUGUGCGUGAGGGAUGGACGCGAUCAUAUUCCGAACCAAGACCUUCAUCAAGGAGCACCAGAAGGUGAAGAAGAAGAAGCGGGAUGAGGAGAAGAGCAGCCACAGGUGGAGGAACAUGGACGACAUGGAGCAGUACCUGCACUACAUCGGCGGCGGCGCCGGGGCUCUGGCCCUCACCGGUGUGGCCGCGGCCUCAGCCUUCUACUUGGCCAGCAGACCGUCCUCCCAAAAACCAUUGUUUCCUCUAGACGAGCAGUGUCUAGUCGAACCGGGUCCCGAGCUCAUCCGCGUCUCCCGCUUCUACAAAGAAGCCAAAGAAGGCAAAUUCGUCAGUUAUAUGUUCCCCGAUUCUCGAACCCUCUACGAAACCUUCAGACGCGGCGCAAAAGAAUCGAAUAACGGACCAUGUCUGGGCUGGAGGGAAUCCUACACAAAACCUUACCAGUGGCUAAGCUACAACGAGGCUCUUCUGAGGGCCAAGAACUUCGGCGCAGGAAUGGUGGCCCAAGGACUCACCCCUGGAACGAAUACUUUCAUCGGGAUCUACUCCCAGAACUGCCCGGAGUGGAUCCUGGCGGAGCAAGCUGCUUAUUGCUAUAGCAUGGUCUUGGUGCCGCUGUAUGAUACUCUCGGUCCUGAUGCAUGUGCCUUCAUUAUAAAACAAGCUGAAAUCUCUGUCGUCAUUUGUGAAGACGACUCCAAAUGCAACCUCCUUCUGGAACGGGCACCUCGAUGCCUGCGCAAACUCAUCGUCUUCAGAGACGUCCGACCAGCUACCAGACAAAGAGCAAAGAACCGCGGCGUGGAAAUCGUCACGUUCCACGAGGUCGAAGUCCUGGGGUCCAAAUCGAAUCACGUAGAAGUCCCCCCAAAACCCUCAGAUCUCUGCACCAUCUGUUACACCAGUGGCACCACGGGUAACCCCAAGGGAGUGAUGUUAACCCACGAGAACGUGGUGGGCUCUUUGAGCGCGGUCCUCAUGCAGAUGGGCGACCAUAAAGUGAGAAGUACCGACGUGCUGAUCUCGUUUCUCCCGCUAGCCCAUAUGUUGGAGCGCUGCUGCGAGAACGCGAUGUACAUGAUGGGGGCGUCCGUGGGGUUCUACUUAGGCGACAUAAGGCGAUUAUCUGACGACAUGAAAGCCUUGAAGCCUACUGUAACCGCUGCAGUUCCUAGACUUCUUAACAGGAUUUACGACAAAGUCCAAGCGGAAGUCAACGGCAGCUGCAUCAAGAAGAUGCUCUUUAACAUGGCGAUGAGUGCCAAGGAGAGUGAAAUCAAAAGGGGGGUACUCAGGAGUAACAGUUUCUGGGAUAUGCUCGUCUUCAGGAAGGUGCAAGAAGGAAUGGGAGGCAAACUAAGACUCAUGUUGGUAGGGUCUGCACCUUUGGCGGAGAACGUCCUCACAUUCACUAGAUGUGCGCUGGGUUGUUUGGUGAUUGAGGGUUAUGGCCAGACGGAGUGCACGGCCCCUAUUACCCUAACCAUCCAAGGCGACCACGUCCCCGGACACGUGGGUCCACCCGUGGCCUGCAACUGUGUCAAACUGGUCGACGUCCCCGAAAUGGAAUACUGGGCGAAGAACAACCAAGGCGAAGUGUGCGUCAAAGGCACCAACGUUUUCCAAGGUUAUUACAAAGAUCCCGAAAAGACUGAAGAGACAAUAGAUGCAGGAGGGUGGCACCACACCGGAGACGUCGGCAUGUGGAUGCCAAACGGAACCUUGAAGAUCAUCGACCGUCGGAAACACAUCUUCAAACUCUCCCAGGGCGAAUACAUCGUGCCCGAGAAGAUCGAAAACAUCUACAUUAGGUCGCAGUACGUGAGCCAAGUCUACGUCCACGGCGAAUCCUUAAAGUCGUGCAUCAUCGCCAUCGUGGUCCCGGACGUCGACGUUAUCAAAUGCUGGGCGUCCGAAAACGGCAUUCCCGGCACUUUGAGCGUCCUUUGCAACAACGAUGACGUCAAGAAGCUAAUUAUGGACGACAUGAUCGCAUGGGGGAAAGAAGCGGGGCUUAAAUCGUUCGAACAAGUUAAAGACAUUUAUUUACAUCCAGAUCCGUUUAGUGUACAGAAUGGACUGCUGACGCCCACGUUAAAAUCGAAACGUCCGCAGCUGAAGGCUUAUUUCAAACCGCAGAUCGAAGAUAUGUACAGUAAACUGACGUAAAUUGUUGAAGUUGAAGUAUUAGGAAAUUUUAGACCUAGAAAGCACCAAAGCAGAAGUUUCUAAUUCAAAUAAAGACUUGUUUCAUAGCAAUAUCGUCGGAAGUUGCAAUAAAUUUUGCAUAUCUAUACUUGAUUAAGGCCGUUGAGGUCGUCUAGAAGGUUGCCAAAAUCAAGUUUUUGAUAUUUCUUUACGUGUUCAUUUAUACCCAUUAUCAAUUAUGCAUUAUCUUGCCUUUUAGACAUAGGUUAACACUUAACCACCUUAUUAUCUUAGGUUAGCAUUUUGUUGUAUCUGACAGCUAUUUUAUUUAUUGUUCGUUGUUAUAUUCUGAACAACCCCUUUAAUAAAAUUAUUUGCAAAAA